AUAGAGCAAAAAAAACAUGCUCCAACUAAAACUGUGCUCUUCUGUGCAAAUUAAAUUGUGCUCCGAGCAAGAGGAGAAUUGUGAACAGAAGCGUGCGGCCAGAUAAGAGUUUCCGAUGCAGCCACCAGCCUGUGCUCGCUAGUGCUAUAUCGGGGCGCUCUUUAAACACACCGCGAAGUAUCAACUCAGAAUCUCAACCCGGCGCGGGCAGCAGCAAAAUGUAUCGCUCACUGUACGUUCGGAAAAUCCGCCGGAAAGUCGUUCUUUUGACCCACUAGAGGGCUGCUCGAAGCCACGCACCCGGUGGCCACAAACCGGCCAUCGACAAAAGCUUACUUAGUACCGUGUGGCAAAAGGGUGCUGCGUUUUACUUUGGUGAAGAUCGUUUGUUUACAGUGUGUGCGGCGGGGUGCUACUUCCGCCUUCUCUACGAAACGAAGCCUACUGCCUGCUAAGAUGGGAGAAAUUCGAGAUUGGAGGCCUUUCGUUUACGGCGGCAUGGCAUCGAUAAUGGCUGAAUUCGGAACGUUCCCUAUCGACACAACAAAGACGCGUCUUCAGGUUCAAGGUCAAAAACUGGAUCGAUCGCACAGCGAGCUGCGGUACCGCGGUAUGAUGGAUGCGUUUGUGAAAAUUUCCCGCCAAGAGGGCGUGAAGGCACUGUACUCGGGGAUCUGGCCCGCCGUGCUUCGGCAAGCAACGUACGGUACGAUCAAGUUCGGUACGUAUUACACGCUCAAAACGAUGGCCACCGACCGGGGCUGGCUGCACGAUAAGGCCACGGGCAACGAAAGCGUGUGGUGUAAUGCGGCCUGCGCCACGAUGGCCGGAGCAAUCUCGAGCGCCAUCGCCAACCCCACCGACGUGCUGAAGGUUCGCAUGCAAGUGCACGGCAAGGGAGCGAAAGAUGCUGGACUGGUGCGCUGCUUCCGGGAGAUCUACGUGCACGAGGGUGUGCGCGGCCUGUGGCGAGGCGUGGGGCCAACGGCACAGCGGGCCGCCGUGAUAGCGGCCGUCGAGCUGCCGGUGUACGAUUUUUGCAAGCUGCAUCUGAUGGAAACGUUUGGCGACCAGGUCGCUAACCAUUUCCUGUCUAGUUUUAUAGCGAGCUUAGGAAGUGCCAUUGCUUCAACGCCAAUCGAUGUGAUAAGAACCCGCCUCAUGAACCAAAGGCACGUGCACCGCCUGGAACACAGCAUUUCUCCGGCAGCCACGGCAACCACUACGACGGCCAGUGCGACCAGCGCGGCCACCCACCAUGCGGCCAGCAGUCCGGUGCGCCUGUACUACACCGGCAGCGUGGACUGUGCCGUGCAAACCGUGCGCAACGAAGGCUUCCGGGCGCUCUAUAAAGGUUUCAUCCCGACCUGGGUACGCAUGGGACCGUGGAACAUCAUUUUUUUCAUCACUUACGAGCAACUGAAGCAGUUCUACUGAGCGCCGUGCCCCAGGACAUACGCUUCGUCGCAUUACCAACCCCAUUUUAUUUCUCGCAUUUCGAUGAGUGCAUUUCAAUUUAGAGAGACAGGCGAGACCAAGGCCACCUGUAAUCGAGUUCUAUUCAUUAUGAAUGCCGCACGAACCACCACCACCAUUACAGCCAUAGAGAGAUUUUCAGGCCCCCCCGGGGAACGGUUGGCCAUCCAUCCGAUCUGAUCUGAAAGCCGACCGGACGGAUAGCCGCUGCUUUGCGAGUGUGUGCUCUUGCUGCUACUGUAGUGUGAUUUGCACACGGCACGCACAUAGUUCCACCCCGAAGAGGACCCGAGAUUUGUUAGCUUUCUCAUUUGUAAAAUAGAUAACAAAAGUUUAGUGAAGAAUUAUGUGAGAGAGAUGUAUGUUCUUAAAAUAUAUGUAUAAACACGGAAAAAAACCCCGAACGGAGUAGAGUGCCGUCUCUUUCUGUCGUGGAGCGGCGCAAUGGGAAAACGAGUGUGGUUGCAUUGUUUGAAAAUGUUUAUUUUAGAGCGUUUCUUUUAAUGUGUGUCUACUGUAUCCGGCACGUCCGACAGCGAACCACCCCUAGGAACCAACGGUGCGCCCGCUUUUCAAGGGUCUCUCCGCAAAUGGCCCCCGCCAUCAUCCGCUUCCGCUGGCUCC